AUGGAGCAGUCGGCUACUCUCGACAUAGAGACGCUGAAGAUUACCCAGGAGCAGUUUAUCCUCGCGUCCCAGUCCCUGCACCUCCAGCGACCAGGCUGUGAUGCCGUCUACCCAGUGGGUCUGUACGGUUGGAGGAAAAGAUGCCUCUAUUUCUUCCUGCUGUUGCUCCUGGUCACCAUGAUAGUUAACCUGGCCCUCACUGUCUGGAUCAUAAAAGUCAUGAAUUUCUCAGUGGAUGGAAUGGGAAACCUCCAUUUGACCCAGGAUGGGAUUCGCCUGGAAGGAAUCUCAGAGUUUCUCCUGCCUCUGUACGUGAACGAGAUCCAGUCCAGAGGGGACAGCUUGUUGGUCUUACGAUCAGAAAAGAACGUGACUCUGAACGCCAGAAACAACCAAGGCCAGCUGACGGGCCAGCUCACAGUGGGACCUGAGGCUGUGGAGGCCCAGUGUCAGAGGCUGGAGGUGCGAAGUAGAGACGGAGGGAGACUGCUGUUCACUGCAGAUGAAGAAGAAGUUAUCAUGACAACAGAAAAGUUCACAGUCACAGGCUCCGAAGGCGCUGUUUUUGGACAUUCAGUAGAAACUCCCCUGAUCCAGGCGAGGACUUCUGAAGACCUGAAACUGGAGUCUCCAACCCGUACUCUGACCAUGGAGGCUCCCAGAGGGGUCGAAGUGAGCUCCGCCAAGGGACCGCUGAAGGUCAGCGGUCGAAAGGACCUACAGCUGGAGUCAACAGAGGGAGAGAUUCUUUUAGAUGCCAACACCAUACACUUUGGGAGCCUCCCGCUCGGCGUCUACACAGCGUCCUCCAGCCAGGUGUCCCAGGAGCAGGUCGUGUACGAGGUGUGUGUCUGCCCCAGCGGCAAGCUCUACCUCUCUCCUGCAGAGAGCAAGUCCACAUGCCAGGCCAUGAGCAACAUCUGCCUCUGGAGCUGACCUGGGAGCAGUGUCGGUGAUCAGGGACACCUCUAACACCUGCUCUGCUGCAGCUGACAUUGAGUCUCCUCCGCUGGAACAUUUGACGGAGAGUGGAACUCGACUGGGUGGAGAUGGAGCUCAAACUCUUCACUGUCUGAGCUGUUUGAGUUCAGAUUAGUACAGAGGAAUCCGAGUCUGAUACCUGCAGUGGUCUACCUGAGGUCAGGACUCACCACUGACGGUGUCUGAGGACAGGCAGCCAGAGCAGCUCUCUGAAAUCAGGAAUAUCACAUACAAACAAGAACAUUUCCACUACCUUAUAUUAGAGUCAGAGGACACAACUUUUAUUUUUCUACUCUAGGUUCAUCGUAGACAUGCAGUGACUGU